AUGACGAAAAGGAAGGCUUCAGAGGCUGACCUCGUCUCGGAACCUAAGAGGUCCAAGAUUGACGACCCCGAAGCCGCCGGCACUGCCCUCAGCGACGAUGACUUCGACGACACGGCCAGCAACUCCGCCUCGACAGCCAACGCCGACGCAGAGACGGUUCUGACGGGACAGACCUCCCUCACCACCCGCUCCCGCAAAUUUCCCUCGGACCUCAAGACAAUUCCCUGCACGUAUCCCGACUGCCACAAAACCUUCAACCGUCCCGCCCGCCUGGCCGCCCACCUGCGCUCCCACACCGACGACCGCCCCUUCAAGUGCACCUACCCGGGCUGCGACAAGGACUACCGCGAGGAGAAGCACCUGCGCCAGCAUGUCAAGGGCUCCCACACCCAGGAGCGAGCAUACACCUGCACACACGAUGGCUGCGGCAAGUCGUUCCUGACGGCAACCCGUCUGCGCCGCCACCAGGACGUCCACGCCGGCCAGGAGCGCUUCCGCUGCCGCGAAUAUCCCCCGUGCAACCAGAGCUUCCGCAAGCACAACACCCUGCAGCGGCACAUCCGCUCGGAGCACCUGGGCGCCCACGCCUACCCCUGCCAGGAACCCGACUGCGGCGCCGGCUUCGACUCCCAAGGCGCCCUGCGAAACCACACCCGGCGGGAACACAGCGAGCCGCAGUUCUGGUGCGAGGAGUGCGGCGGCGAGGAGGGCGGCGCCAAGGUCGGCUUCACCUCGUUCGCGCUGCUGCAGGCGCACAUCCGUAAGGAACAUCUAAACUGCAUCUUUUGCGAGUUCAAGUGCACCGGCCAGUGGGAGCUGGAGCGGCACGUCGAGAUGCGGCACUCGGGCAUACCCGUCGAGGCCCGCAAGACGAUCGCCUGCACCUGGGAGGGAUGCGACAAGAAGUUCACCAAGAAGCACAACCUCACGGUGCACAUCCGCACUGCCCAUGAAGGAUUCCGUGUCGUCUGCGGCGAGCUCGAUGUGACUGGUACUGCGGGCUUGCAGGGCUGGUCAAACGAGCAGGGUUGUGGUGCUGGUUUCAUCAGCAAGAUGAAGCUGGAAGAGCACAUUCGGCACGUUCACCUAGGUCUACCGCGGCCGCAGCCUAAACUCACCGAGGGGCCGUCAAACCUCAUUGAUGACAUCGCCGGCACGAAGCGGACCAUCCAGUGCGCGAUUGAAGGCUGCAAUGCCCGCUUCAUCCGCCACCACGACCUCCAAGUCCAUCUUGAGAACCACCCCCCUGCGGCUCCACAGAUGGACCAAGUCGAAGCGGCAAUACUGAGUUUGGCAGACACCCCCAGCUCAGAAGACAUGAGCGCCGCUCCCUUUGGCGAGAACCGUGAGAUGCCGGAGCUGCCCUUGUACGGCAUCAUACCCGGCGUCACGGACUUCACCGGCGGCGACCAGGGCCAGACCGACGAUUUCUGGAUCGGUGCCGCAGAUGACUUCAACACACCGCCGCAGACGUGGCAGGAGGAGGAAGCUGCCAUGCGCGCCCUCAUUGACGAAGACUUCACCCGUUUCGUCGAUCCGGCGCUGGGAAAUAUGGCGUAG